AUGUCAACCGACCUGCGUGUGGUCAGUGUCGUCGCGACAAUCUGGUCUGCCCUGGAUUCGCCAUCCGAGUUCGCUGGGCCGGGAGUCCUACCAGCACAGAUUCAGCAGCGGAUCAACGAGCGCAACGAUGCAACAAGUACAAGCGCAAAGCUGCGUAUCGAGCAUCAGAGUCCGAUAAGUCCAUCGCAGUCGAGCGUCGGAGACAGUCCCAACUGGACAUCUAAUCUGGCGGACUACUUGCACUACUUCACGUCGAAGUACGCCCAAGCAAGAGCCGCACGAGAUCCCCAUGUUGGCGUUGGACCUGACGACCAGGGAGGCGUUGCCGGCGUCUUGCACUUCGCUUGGGAUCACAUAAGUCAAGGUCUGCGAGAGAUUGGCUCUCAAGAAGCGCUCAACAAACACCUACUCUACUCCAGGGCUCUGCAAGGACUCAAUCAAGCUGUGGAAGAGAGCGACAUCCUCGGGAUCUUCGGAAUGACGACCUUGGCGUAUCUUGACGUACGCGAGGGACCGUUUGGCAGAUGGUCUCGCCAUCUGUACGGUGCGAGAGGAUUGCUUGACCUUCAUUGUCAAGACUUUGAAGGACUAUCACAGUUGUAUGCCACAACACCAGGCCUGAAGCAAGCCAUCUCACUGCUGCUAUGGUUCGAUGUCAUGGGGCUGGUCGUACAUCAGGACCGGCAUUUGAUAUUCGAUGACUUCCAUCGCAGAGACAUGGAUCCAGUGCUUUUCGAACUUGUGGGAUGCGCGCAGGAUACCUUCAGGCUCUAUGUCGAGAUCGCUCAGGGCUACACAACAGCUGCUCCGCACCAAGCGUACCAUCGCAUUCAUACUCAACUGCUCAAGGUCAGCCAUAAUCCGAAUGAUGAAAAGCUUCUGUUGCAGGAUUCGUGGAGGAUCGCAGCAUUCUACGUUGCUCUUGACCAUGUGCAUCCGGAUACUGUCAAAGAGACGAAUGAAGCAGCCGCACUGAUCGCCGACAAUAUAUGCGAUAUCGUUGACAAGAUUCUGUCCCUAGAGAACCAUCUGUAUGUGCACUUGAAGGUUCAAGUCUUCUUUAUGAGCAUAUUCGCAACCGAGGAACGCCAUCUGCAAAGAGCAGACUCGUUCUGGAAGUUCUGCGAAUCCUCAUCGCCACCGUCCUCCUUCACGGCACAAAAGCUUGCUGCAGAACGCCGGAGGAGAAGAUCGCAGAAGCAAGCUGGUCUCGGGAAGGGUUGA